GUUGUUAUGUUGGUGUAAUACCUGAAAUAUAAUAUUGAAGGAAGCAUUUUCCAAGCUGCUUUUUAAAAUAUUUUGAGACAUGUUUGUGGAUGAUCAAAUGGAAAUAUAAAUCUUUCGAGAUUCCCGCCCAAAGGAGUGUCAAUGAAAUUCAAGUCAGGUGCUCUCGCAGGAACUACAUGCGAUUUUAUAUCAUAUCCUUUGGAUACACUUAAAACGCGAUUACAAAGUCAACAUGGUUUCUUAAGAUCUGGUGGUUUCAAUCAAUUGUACAAGGGUUUAGGUCCCGUAAUGAUAGGAUCCGCUCCAUCGGCUUCUCUAUUUUUUAUAACUUAUGAAGGUUUAAAAGAAGUAUUUCAACCUCGAAUACCAGAUCAAUAUCACUCAAUUAUACAUAUGACUGCCGCGUCAUUGGGAGAAAUGGCUGCAUGUUUUAUUCGAGUCCCAGUAGAAGUAGUGAAGCAAAGAAGACAAGCACUUUUAAGCGAUUCACAUAAAUUACCACUAAGAACUUUAUAUCGUGGUUAUGGAAGUACUGUAAUACGAGAUUUACCAUUUGGCUUAAUUCAGAUGCCACUCUGGGAAUAUUUUAAACUCUAUUGGAAAAGACAUGUGAAACGUGAAUGCACGCCUCUAGAGAGUGCUAUAUGCGGAUCGAUAUCAGUUGCUAUAUCUGCAAUACUAACAACACCUUUAGAUGUUGCAAAAACUAGAAUAAUGCUAUCAAAUAUGACAGUCGCAAAAGAUGAAGUAAAAAUAUCCAUAAUGUUAAAUAAAAUUUAUCGCGAAAAUGGCCUUAAGGGGUUAUUUGCAGGUUUUCUUCCAAGAGUCGGUGGUUUUACUAUUAGCGGUUUUAUAUUUUUUGGUGUUUAUGAUAAAGUUAAGGAAAUUUGUAUUUCGAUUUUACCACCAUAAUGUUAUGAAAAAUAUGUUUACAAAUUUAAAUUAUGAUUAAUAUCUUGUCAAAUGAUUGUUAUAUAGUUAAAGUAUAACGUAAGAAAAGUGUUAAAGAAAAUUAGAAUUUGAG